UCCGCCCUCCUCGGCGUGGUGUGUGGGGCACGUUUACCUUUCUCGGCGGAACCGAGGGAGUCCUGGCCUCACUUGGCGCGGAGGUGCCUGCGGCGCUGCGACAGGCGGGACGGCGCGGGGCUGGGCCGAGCCGGGGGAGCACCUGGGUAGGUUCCGUGAAAGGAUGAAGUCGCGAAGGCUGUGCAGCGAAGGGACGUUGGUGCACAUCCCGGCGCUGAACAAUCCCAGGGCUCAUUCAUUCGCUCGGUGGGCGCCCACUACACACUGCCUUGGUAGCCUACAACUGGGUCUCUGCUGCCACAGACCUCUUGAGGUACAGGCCCGGAAGUCUCAACGUUGCCAUGGGGAGCAGAAGGGGGGUCAGGCUCCAUCGCACUCUUCCCUUUUGCUGCAGCUCGGCCUGCCUCCUCGGAACAAGCUUGGAGACCCAGUGAUGGCCCACAAGCAGCUGCUUCCUGGGCCCCAGGUCUUGGUUUCCUUCGAGGAAGUGGCCGUGCUCCUUUCCCAAGAGGAGUGGGGCCGUCUGAGCCCUGCUCAGAAGGGGCUCUACAGGGAUGUGAUGAUGGAAACCUAUGGGAACCUGGUCUCGCUGGGACUUCAAGGUUCCAAACCUGAUGUCAUCUCCAAGCUGGAGCAGGGGAAAGAGCCAUGGGCCCCACACUCACCAAGAAUUGAGGGGAGCUGGAUCUGGAGACGCAGGCGUGCAGGUUAUGACUCUAGGAAGGAAAAAAAAGAAUUGACUCCAAAGCAGGAAAUUUCUGAAGAAAUGGAAUCCCAGAGAACAAAAUUAGAAGAGCAUGUAAGGAAUAUUUCCAAGGAAUCUGAUUUUGAAGAGAUGACUAAAACUGAGGGAAAGCUAAAGAAUUGCUGGGGGAAAUAUGCAGUGGAGGGACUUAAGAAGGAUUUCCCCCAGAAGAGUAAUUUCAGGCCAGUGACAGUGACACAUGUGAAAACCCCCUUGGGGGAAAGAGGUCCGAAAUUCAGUGCAGCUGAGGUAAGUUGCGCUGCAGACACAAGUUCUGUCAGAAACUGCAGGCUGUCUUCAGGGAAAAGUCUCCACCAGAGUGUGGCACGUGUAGAAAACUUCCAAACAAGUAUGGACCUCACUAACCUCCAAAGUUUCUGUGUAGGAGAACAAGGCUGUCAGGCAGAUGUGUUUGUGAAAGUGCCCAGGCAGAGUUCAGUUUUCAGUGAGAACCAGAGGAUUAACAGUCCAGAAGAAACCUUUGAAAAGUGUGCUGUGUGUGGAAUAGCUUUUGGUCAGAGCAGAGCUCUCAUUCAGCACCGGAGAAUUCACAGUGGAGAGAAGCCCUGCGGGUGUGAGGAAGGUGGCAGAGCUUCCCAUGCCCGUCCCUACGCCAUGCAGCACUGUAACACUUACACUGGAGAAAGACCCUGUGAGGCUAACGGAUGUGAGAAAGCUCUUAGCACAUGUCCGUCUUACAUUCAGCAUUGUGAAGUUCACACUGGGGCGAAGCCCCAUGAGUGCAGUCAGUGUGGAAAAGCCUUUAAUCAUAGCUCUAACCUGAUCCAUCAUCAGCGAGUGCAUAGUGCAGAGAAGCCGUACGUGUGUGUGGAAUGUGGGAAAGCCUUCCAGAGACAGUCACACCUCACUCAGCAUAAGAGAACCCAUUCUGGAGAGAAACCCCAUGACUGUGCUGAGUGCGGCAAAGCCUUCAGCGCACGAUUAUCUCUCAUUCAACAUCAGAGAACUCACACAGGAGAAAAACCCUAUGAGUGUAACGAAUGUGGAAAAUUCUUUAGCCUGAACCGAACCCUUAUUGUUCAUCAGAGAAUCCACACUGGAGAGAAACCCUAUAGAUGUAAUGAAUGUGGAAAAUCCUUCAGUCAGCGCUCACAAGUUAUUCAACAUAAGAGGGUUCACACUGGAGAGAAGCCUUAUAGCUGCAAUGAGUGUGGGAAAUCCUUCAGUGCUCACCUGUCCCUCAUUCAGCAUCAGAGAAUUCACACUGGAGAGAAACCUUAUGGGUGUAAUGAGUGUGGGAAAACCUUCAGUCAAAAAGGACACCUUAUUCAGCAUCAGCGAAUUCACACUGGAGAGAAGCCCUAUGAGUGUAAUGAGUGUGGAAAAGCUUUCAGCCAGAGUUUUAAUCUCAUUCACCAUCAAAGGACACACAAUGGUGAGAGGCCCUACGGGUGUAAUGAGUGUGACAAAGCCUUCAGUGUUCUCUCCUCCCUUGUCCAGCAUCAGAGAGUGCACAAUGGAGAGAAACCCUACGAGUGCCACAGCUGUGGGAAGGCCUUUAGUCAGGGCUCACACCUAAUCCAGCACCAGAGGAGUCACACUGGAGACAAACCUUACGAGUGUAGCGAGUGUGGGAAAACCUUUGGACAGAUAUCCACCCUAAUUAAGCAUGAGAGGACACACAAUGGGGAGAAGCCCUAUGAGUGCGGCGACUGUGGGAAAGCUUUCAGCCAGAGCGCACACCUCAUCCGCCAUCGAAGAAUUCACACUGGGGAGAGCCCUUUCACGUGUAGUGACUGUGGGAAGGCCUUCAACGUCCGCUCCUCCCUCAUUCAGCAUCUCAGGGUUCACACCGGCGAGAAGCCUUACGAGUGCAGUGAGUGUGGCAAGGCCUUCAGCCAGCAUUCACAGUUUACUCAGCAUCAGAGGGUUCACACUGGAGAGAAACCCUACAUGUGCAGUGAAUGUGAGAAAUCAUUCAGUGCACGCUUGUCCCUUAUCCAACACCAGAGAAUUCACACUGGAGAGAAGCCCUAUAAAUGCACUGAAUGUCAAAAAUCCUUCCGACAAAGCUCUCACCUCAUUCGACAUCAGAGAAUCCACAGUGGAGAGCGACCUUACAUGUGUAGUAGAUGUGGGAAAACUUACAACCAGAGAAUAUCUCUUAUUAGUCAUGAGAAAGUUCACAGACUCCACGGUGGAGAGCAAGCCCGUCAGUGUGACGAGUGUGGGGAGCUCUUUGGCGCACAGGCAGCGUUCAUGCAGCACCGGAAGGUUCACAGUGGAGAGUGACUCACUCUGAUACGUUCUUCACAGUUUUACAGCAGGAGAGUUCUACUGAUAAGAAAGUUCACUUUAUGACUUUCCUUUUGGAAAUUCAGCUCUUAAGGAAUUAAACUAUCUCCCAAUGUGCUGCUCACUGAAGGCAGGCUGCUGAAUUAUGUGGUAAACAUUCCAAGGUGACAUGCCUUCCCUCAGACCCAGAGGAUGGCUCUCUGCUUGAGUGUUUUAAAUGAAUGCAACUUAAAUAUACUUUCCUAGAUCAUGUUUUUAUAGCACCAGACCUUAGUGUACAGUUAGGUGUUUCCUUUGGCCCCUGCCUUUCUUUUCUUUCCUCUUCAUCAUCUAUUUCAGCUUCAGGAAAAGUAACUGGGAUCCUUGGACUUAGGAGUGUGAUGGAACUGGGUUGGGGUUUUCUUAUUUGUUUGUUUGUAGGGCCUUUUCAAAAUGUUUUUGUUCUAUUGUGAGGGAUAUGAUACCUUUAAUUUCAAAGGGGUUGUCCCUUUUCAGCAUCCGGUAAUCCACAGAGGUAAGAAGGCAUAUAAGUAUAAGCAGAGUUUGUUAUGGAAUGAGGUGAGGCUUGUGUGUAGAUUCAAACUGUUGAGAUCGUGCUAGGAAGUCAAGUGACUCAUGUAAACUGGGGUUUCCUACAGGGUAAUUUGAAAACAAAAAACCCCAUGAAUUGGAGGGGUGGAAUAGGCAUAAAGUAGACACAGGCUGGCUUGGGACCCAGGACGCAGCUUACAGAUUCUGUUGGUAUAUUCUGGAUCCACUUCUGAGGGAGAGGAGGUGAGUGGUUGGAGCUGUUCCCUUUCACUGGGCGGCCUCGCACUGAGCAGACUCUGGUGAGAAGGGCAGGUCCUCCUGCUGCCAGAGGACAAGACUCCAGGUGAGGCAGGGACACGGCAUUAAGCACCUUUUCGUGGGUAGCUUAUCGUGCAGGCUGUUUGUCAGCCUUGGACCCCUGUCUGCAUGCUGUAAACAUGCUUUUGUCCCUCCCAGGAGCUGUAUUAGUCAGUGGUGUCUCAGUGCCCGUGAUCCUCCCACCUGACGCCUUGAGGUGAUGCUAAACAUCCUGGGAGCUGAUUUCCUGAGCACAGUCUUCAGAGUGGCUGCCCCUAGUUCAUCACGUGUGGUUCAUUCCAGUGUCCUCAGAACCCCAUUCUCCAGAAGUUUCUAUGGCACUUCCUUCUGUUUUUGUGGAGGAAAGAUUAGCAUCAAAAUGGGCUGAAAAAGGGUUAUAAAUAUGAGAGAUUCAGCAGAAGGAGUCUGUGAGAGACAGUUCUAGAAACAAAUCUGGCAAUUGAAAGUGGCUGUUGAGAGUCUGAUGAGAAGCUGGUACCGUGUGUGAACCCUUGAGAAGGGACUAACAGGAUCUGGGAUGGGCUAUAGUGGGACGGCGCUUUAUGAAUAAGGCAGGGUAAGAAUGGAGUGAAAGAGGAGCAGUGAAUUGCUUAAUAGCUGGACAUUCUAUUCCUUUAUAGUAUCCUUUUCAGUAAUAAGUUUAUUCUUAUUUUCCUGCUUUAUUAAAGAAACUUUCUCUUAGAAGUUAACUGACCUUUUCUCCUUAUGUUGACUUGACCUAUGGCUCAGGCCUUAUUUUCCAGGCUCUUGUCUAUAUAGCAGUAGCAUUGGUCUUUACUCGUUUUAGAAUUUUGAGGAGCUGAUUGAAAAAUCUGCCUCUUAAUGAUACUUCUCCUAAGCACACUUCACCACAAAUAGCUUUGACAUUUUUAAAACUGGAAUUAAUACACUGUGAUAAUAAUGGUUAUCACGUGCUAAACAAAAAUUCUGAUUGAGUCAUCAAACCUUUACCUUUUUACCUUAGUAUGUGCGAGGCACUGUGAUGAAUGCUUCUCCUGGGUUUUCUCAUUUAAUCCUCACAUCACCUCAGUGAAGUAGGUACUUUUAUUAACCCUGUUUCACAAUGAGACUGAGGCACAGAGAGGCUGCUUGGGGUGGCUCUGGUACCACAUGGCUCUGCCGCCUACAGUCGUGGAUCCCCCACUGGGCGCCUGCCCCAGGCCCACACCCGCUGCACCCCCGGGCACCCGAGGCAGGGAGCUUGCAGUCCUGAGGCUGACCCAUCUGACUAAUUCUGGCCCAUUGAAGUUGUAUGUUUCACUUAAUGUGGUUUGGUGGAUAGGUCUUCUAGAUGUGUUAUCAAUGAAGGAAAAUGGGAAAAUGGUCCAAAGUUGGGAGCCUCUGGCUUGUGACUUUACUAAUCAUUGCCCGAUCGCCGUGUUCCAAAAAGAGAGGGCAUGUCUGUCUUUUCCUGAGGUGACUGGACACCUUAAUCUCCUGAGCUGUGUCAGAAGCUCCUCCCAUGGCUCUCCUGGCUUCAGUCUGAGAUAGGGCCUUGGAGCUUUUUAUCCAGUUACAACUUCUUCUUGUAGAGAAAGAACUUCUGGGAAGGAAGAAAAAGAAGUUCCCUGUUCUUGCUCCAAGGAUCUCCUUGGCAUCCUUUCAAGAGACAAAAGGACUCGGAAGUUGUGACAGUGUCUUCCUCGAGGCCAUAUAAUUAGAAUGCCAAAUCGGGAGGAAAUAUGUGGGGUUUUUUUCUUUAUACAUCUUUACAUACGGUGGACAGUUUACUUAAUUGAGAACCUCAGCUUUUAUUCUAAUUCUCUGUUUUAGGUUGUGUGGCUAAAACGUCUUUAUGAGUAAUUCCUGCAGUGAGUUUGGAUUAUGUUUUAGUUUUCAGUUAAAUGUUUUACCCAAAUUGUACUGAAGUUUAUUUACAUAGCUAAUGUUGUCCAUUUCAGUCAUAAAUAUCCCUGUUAGCUAGUCUUACCUAGCUUGGUGAUGGCAUUAGUAUUGGUUGGAGCCAGACUUGUCUCCUGAUGGUUCGAAGCCUCUCUGUGCUGCAUGGUGAGGAGCACAGGGCGCCCAUCCACCUGGUGCCGCCUGGCGUCUAAACCCAGUCGAUUACCUGCAGUUGAGAAGGGCAUUUCGGUUUCCCCAGUUGAUGCGAAGAAGCUGUUUCUAAAGGAGUUUUAUGCCAGUGCCAGCAGAUGUGCAACCUUCCAAAAUCCCCACUGUGGCCCAGGCUCUCAUCACCUGAAAGGUACUAGAAACAGGGAGAUGGACAGUGGCCAGGACAGUUUUGACAUGCAGGAGGUUGAGCUCUGGUCAGCAGACAUCGUACCAUCAUAUCGUACCAUCAUCGUACCAGCAUAUUCCUGCUGCUCUAUUUGGUCGGGCUCGAUACCCUCACACAGGGAAGAAUAAGGAUAUUUUCAGGUCCCCCUGGAGCCGCUGUUCUGGUGAGGUGACAGGUGUUCUCUGUCACCUGCCUGCUGCCCAGCAGGUGGGUGAAGUCUCCUGCCUUAGAUCUCCAUGUAUUGGUAGUUCUUGCCACAGGCUGUGUGGGAUUAUGACUGGAAGGAACUCAGGGCAGUUAGUACUUGGAGGAAGACAUUGUUUACUACUCGUUGAACUAGUAGAGUUGGUUGCAGUUUGGAUGGUCUGCUCCCCAUGAAACACUUUUGUAGCCUGACUGGACUUGGGGGCCGAACAUUGGCAGCAGGUGGGGAUGGUGUGGGGGUGUUGAGAAGGGCCCCUACCUUCAAGCUUGUGCUGCAGGAGCUGCCCAAGGACUCAGCCUUCCUGGCAGACAGCCGUCACCAUGAGGGUGUGGGUCAUGGGGCCCAACCAGGACCUGCUCCCUGUGGGGGUGUCAGGAGUGUCGUAUUUGUAAAUCCAGAGUUGUUUUGUUAGUUCUGGUGUCUGCCUAUUGCCAGAACAUGGGAUUAUUUUGUAGAAUUCCCAGAGACUUUGGGUGGCCUUUGCUGUCAGGAGAAAGGACACCCCAGACAGUGGGGGCAGGUGCUGAAGGGUCACAGGAGCCCUUCACUUUUCCUGUGCCUGCCUGUCUUACGGCAUUUCCACUGAUGCCUUGGUGUGGUGGACUCCUGAGGAUGACCCAUGUCCUUGACCUCCACCACUAGCUCUUGAACCACAACUGAAGAUGUGAAUCAUAAGGGGACCAAGAUCUGCUCUUUCUGCUGAAAAAGAUGGUCUGCCCUUAAGUGCCUGUUAAUGUGUUGUGUGUUCCCCUGCCAAUCCUACUGGUUUACCAUGUGUAGUUGACAUGUCUUCUUUCCCCACCAAUUCUAGGGUUUACUUGAGUUUCAUGCGUUUAUUCACAAGCGUUGAAAGGUAGCGGGUGGAUUCCAUUAUUGCUUAUGUUCAUGCAAGAGUGGGUGGCAAGUGACUCAAGCUGCUGCCUUGAGUCUGAGGACCUGAGUUUCCAGGCAGCAGGACUGCACUGGGAUUUUUUCACUUUAACGCUGCAUACGUGCAGCAUCUUCUGUGUAUCUGAAGAUGGGACCAGAAGAAAACUGCAGGAUGGAAGUUGGAGGGGUUAGUUGUGUGCACUAGGGCUCCUAGUUAUAAGUAACAGACACCUACUUAAGAUAACCCGAGCAAAGAAAGGAGCACCAUCUGUCAGGAUCCAGGGAUGUCUUAUGGCACCCCAGGUAAGGAAACAGCUGGAGUCAGGAACUGGAAAGGUUUCUGGAUUUCCCACCCCUGGAUUGUAUCCUAGUUUCCCUGCAGACCUGCCUUCUCAGUUUAAUAGUGCACUGGGCUGAAAAACUGGCUGCCACCACAGUUACUGGGUUCACAUCUGCUUCUUCCAAGAGACCUGCCAGAAUGAGGCUGGGAACUUAGUAUUUUAAUUCAUAUUCUAAGGAGAGGAUGCUGGCCACUCUCUGGUCUGGUGUCCAUUCAUGUACCCAUAAACCUGUGAGACUCCAAUGAAUGUGGCCAUGGAUGCAGAGUUUGGGGAAUGGACUCUGGCCCACCUGGGUUGGAUGUCAACACCUGUCCAGUUGGCUGUGUCCAGAGGGGCAGGAUGGCUGCUGGGGCUACUGUAUUUGUUGAGUGGACAAGAGCAGAUCCUUGAAUAGGGCAUGGGGCAUUAGAAGGUCAUGUAGGUAGCGACCCAGGAAGGGAUAGCUGGAGGACAGGAGGGCCUUGUGAAUGGGAAAGGGGCUGGAAAGGAACCUACUGCUCUUAGCAGAACUUAUGAGCCCCCAACCAGCACCAGGCUCUACGGGAGAAAUAGGCACCAGAAUUGGCCUGGGCGAGUCCUGCCCCCACCUUAGCAACCUGCUCUGGGGACCCAGAUAGUCCUAGCAGCAUCGGCCUUGGGCUUGGCCACGUCUCCAGGUGUUGGAGCAUCGUGCCAGGUGUGGCCUGAUCUGGACAGAGGGUUAGA